CACCAUGGACGCGCUCAAGAAAGUAUUCGAGGCCAAGAAUAAGGACACCAGCCCUGCAUUGGUUACCUUUGUCACCGCGGGAUAUCCCACCGCCAAUGACACAGUACCCAUCUUGCUUUCGAUGCAGGAGGGAGGGGCAGACAUCAUUGAGCUUGGAGUCCCAUUCUCUGAUCCCAUGGCAGACGGGCCUGCAAUCCAAGAGACCAAUGUGAUCGCUCUCGAAAACAAGGUGGAAUACCCGAACUGCCUUGGCAUCGUACGCGAGGCCCGUAAGAGAGGGCUUACGGUCCCUGUAAUGCUCAUGGGAUACUACAACCCGUUGCUUGCAUAUGGGGAGAACAAAGCCAUUCAGGAUGCUAGCGAAGCUGGCGCGAACGGCUUCAUCGUGGUCGACCUGCCACCCGAGGAAGCCAUCUCCUUCCGCGAGAAGUGCACAAAAGCGGGCCUCUCCUAUGUCCCUCUCAUUGCACCCUCUACCUCCGAGCGCCGAAUUGAAUUCUUGGCCUCCAUUGCGGACUCCUUCAUUUAUGUAGUCUCGAAGAUGGGAACGACAGGCUCUUCCGUGUCGGGGACUAUGAAUAACGCUCUACCCGAACUCAUAUCUCGUGUGCGCGAGUACACCGACAUACCUCUUGCGGUUGGGUUCGGUGUGGCGACCAGGCAGCAUUUCGACCUGGUUGCCGACGCCGGUGCAGAUGGCGUCGUCAUCGGUAGCCGCCUCGUCUCCGUCAUCAAGAACGCGCCUGCGAGUAAGGUCUCAAAGAGCGUCGAGGCGUAUUGCCGCGAGAUCAGCCUCAAGGACCAGCCGCAGACGCGUCCACGCUUGUCCACGGCGACAAGCUCAGCAUCCCAUGUGAGCCGAGCGAGCAAAGCGAACAGCGACACGGUGAAGCAGAACUUGCUGCCGCCGCGAUUCGGCGAGUUCGGCGGGCAGUACGUUCCGGAGGCGCUCUGGGAUUGCCUCAUUGAGCUGGAGGAGGCGCAUCAGUCGGCGAUGAAGGACCCGGCGUUCUGGAAAGAGUUUGAGAGCUUCUAUGGAUACAUGAACCGCCCGUCGAAGCUGUACAAGGCGGAGCAGCUUACGAAGCAAGCGGGAGGUGCAACGAUAUGGCUGAAGCGAGAGGAUCUGAACCACACGGGUUCACACAAAAUCAACAACGCGAUGGGCCAAAUCCUACUUGCAAAACGGUUAGGCAAGAAACGUAUCAUCGCCGAGACAGGUGCAGGUCAACACGGUGUGGCAACCGCCACUGUCUGUGCCCGUUUCGGUAUGGAGUGCGUUAUCUACAUGGGCGCGGAGGACGUACGGCGACAGGCCCUCAACGUCUUCCGUAUCAGGAUGCUCGGAGCUAAGGUUGUGCCGGUGCAUUCGGGUUCCUGCACGCUCAAGGACGCCGUGAAUGAAUCCCUUCGUGACUGGGUUACGAACCUGUCGGAGACCCACUACCUCAUCGGCUCCGCCAUCGGCCCGCACCCGUUCCCGACCAUCGUCCGCGAUUUCCAGCGAAUUAUCGGACAAGAGAUCAAGUCGCAGUUGCACGCUGAGAUUGGGAAGCUCCCCGAUGCAGUCGUUGCAUGUGUCGGUGGCGGGAGCAACGCGAUUGGCACGUUCUACGACUUCAUUCUUGAGAAGGACGUCCAGCUGAUCGGUGUUGAGGCCGGAGGCGAGGGGCUGGACGGCGACCGCCACUCCGCGACGUUGAGCAAAGGUCAGGCGGGCGUGUUUCACGGUGUCAAGACGUAUAUCCUGCAGUCACCCUCUGGCCAAAUUGUGGAGACGCAUUCCAUCAGUGCUGGUCUUGACUACCCGGGUGUCGGCCCUGAACAUGCCUGGCUGAAGGACUCCGGUCGCGCAAAGUACGUUGUCGCGACUGACGAAGAGGCGUUGAGGGGCUUCAGGAUGUUGACGCAGUUGGAGGGCAUCAUUCCCGCGCUGGAAUCGUCUCAUGCAAUCUGGGAGGGCGUACGGCUGGCAAAGACACUGCCCAGAGAAGCAAACAUUGUCAUCUGUCUGUCUGGUCGUGGUGACAAAGAUGUGGAACAGAUCUCGCAGUUACUCCCAGGGAAGUGGGAGGAUGUCCUGGACUGGCAUGUAACAGCCUGAUAUACAUAGACCGAGUUGCAAAGUGUACCGUAUGAGCCGGAGA